AUGCAUGAACUGCUGACAUCAUCCAGUUGCUCUUCCAAAACACCAGUGGCAUCAUCCAACACCGUUGGCAUCAUCCAACACCGGUGGCAUCAUCCAACACCGGUGGCAUCAUCCAACACUGGUGGCAUCAUCCAACACCACUGGCAUCAUCCAACACCGGUGGCAUCAUCCAACACUGAUGGCAUCAUCCAACACCAGUGGCUUCAUCCAACACCGGUGGCAUCAUCCAACACUGAUGUGGCAUCAUCCAAGCACCAGUGGCAUCAUCCAAACACCGGUGGCAUCAUCCAACACCAGUGGCAUCAUCCAACACCGGUGGCAUCAUCCAACACCAGUGGCAUCAUCCAACACCAGUGGCAUUAUCCAACACCAGUGGCAUCAUCCAACACUGAUGGCAUCAUCCAACACCGGUGGCAUCAUCCAACACCAGUGACAUCAUCCAACACCGGUGGCAUCAUCCAACACCAGUGGCAUCAUCCAACACCAGUGCAUCAUCCAACACCGGUGGCAUCAUCCAACACUGGUGGCAUCAUCCAACCACCAGUGGCAUUAUCCAACACCAGUGGCAUCAUCCAACUACAGUGGCAUCAUCCAACACCGAUGUCAUCAUCCAACACCGCUGGCAUCAUCCAACACCACUGGCAUCAUCCAACACCACUGGCAUCAUCCAACACCGCUGGCAUCAUCCAACACCACUGGCAUCAUCCAACUACAGUGGCAUCAUCCAACACCGAUGGCAUCAUCCAACACCACUGGCAUCAUCCAACACCGGUGGCAUCAUCCAACACCAGUUGCAUCAUCCAACUUCAGUGGCAUCAUCCAACACCGAUGUAA